AAAAGACAUUUUCAUUUGAGGUAAAUUUGGAUGUUAAAAAAUGGUUGGUUUGAGGAACAUUUCUCAUGUAUUAAUGACCGAUUAGCAACUUUAUUUUGAAUUUUAUAAACAUUUCAGCAUAUUGUUACAGCGUUACUUGGAUAUUUAUAUCAGUAUGUUCUUUUUCUUGCUCUUUGCGUGUUUAAGUUUGUCAAGUUCCAGGAAGCUGUUGCGGUAGACAUUAAAAAAAUAGUUAUGUUACGUAGUAGAGGGAUCUUAUAAAUAAAACCGAUCUCUCAUUAGGGUUUGUGAUUUUGAGGGUAGUGACAGUCACAGUGUGAUCAUGCGUAAGCAUUUCAUUACAAAAGGUUACCGAUUGAUUGGUUUGGCUUCGGGUUUAAUAACUUUGGUGAUCUUUUUUUUUUCUUUUUUCGUGGUUUUGGAAUUUACAUUGGCUUCUCAUAAGCUUUAUGUUACUUCAGUCAACAGUUUUUUUUUUUUUUUAAUCAACAGUUUCGAAUCUAGUAGCUUUAAAGAUGACAUCUCUGAGGAGAUUCUAAGAUUCCUAAUUUCUGGAUACCACAUUCAAAGUCUUCCUACUUUGAUUGGUAUUUGAUGCAGAGUAAGUUGCAUCCUUCCAUUUCAUUUGGCAUGCCUAUAACAUCAUUUGGACUUGAGCUUGGGAAAAUUUUCAGAACAAUAUAUUUUUGAGCAUACGGAUACUAUUAAAAUCCAAAAUCAAAUGUAUAGUUUAGCAUCCAUGAUUGGUGACUUCAUACACCAGUUAAACAAAAUAGAUAAAAAUAAGAUAGGAGAAUUUCAUGCCUUGCUCUUUCACUAUCAUGAAUAACUGCAAGACAAACACAAGUUAUAACAUGUUUUUUUCGAAGACAUUAAAUGGUUUGGGAAUUGAGAUGAGACAGACCUCGAGAUCGUAGUAACAAAAUCUUCCCGCUUCCCAAACUUCUUCCUGUAAUCAUGCCAGUGCAGAGGCGCUAGCAUUUUCCCAAACGAUUCCGAAGCCGUAAAUGAAGACAUAUUAAAACAGCAGAUGUUAUAAGAAAGACCACUUCCACAUUCAAUUUCACUUUCAUCGUGAUUACAAUCCGUGGUUCCGUUCAUGUUCUUGAGCCAUCCUCUGUUUGUGAGUCUCCUGAAAGAAGCUGUAGAAGAGUACGGAUUCAAACACGCAGGUCGGAUUACGAUUUUCUUGCCGUGCCGGUGAGUUUAAGCGUGUUCAGGACAUAAUUGACGAGGAGUCUUAUAGCCGUAGCGCGCCACAGUCACGGUAACGGACACAACCACCAUCACCACCACCACAACAACCAUCUGCAGUGUUUAUGAAGAUCUGUAAUUGGAUUUGUUGGUGGUUUGAUAUGUCAUAUGUGAUUGGAAUUUCUUUGACUUCUUUUUUGAGAUUUGUUUAGUUGGCUUAAUUUUCGUUUUUAGUUAGUGAUGAUGAUGAAAAAACAUAGAGCAAUUGAAUGUAAUGAAUAAUGAUUCUCAUCUCUUACGUAUGUAACCGUUAGUAAUAUGGAAUUACAAUUUGUGACGGGAAUGCCAUAUUAUUUGAAUUUUAUUUUUAUUAAAAGGAAUGUGUAUACUUCUUAUUAUUUAAUUGAUUUUAACGCGUUUGGCCGUCGAUCAUGUUACUUUUUGUUGUUCAUUUCCUUUCCUAGAAUCUAACGUCUCUCAAAUAUAUUCAGUUAUUUUCUUCCGAAUGUAAAAAAAUUCAACAUAUUGUAGGAUUAAGCAAACAAUUAGUUCACGACUUUGAUUGAAGGUGUCACAAAAAUAUCUAUUAUAUUAAUUAUUAUUUACUGAAACAGUUUGGAUUUCAAUAUAAUUGCGUAUCUAAACUGAUUCUAAAACAAUAUCUGAUACUUUUUAGUUUCCAGUUUUGAAUUAUUUGAGUUUGAGGGCUAAACAAUGGAGGUGAUUGGUUGGGUUUAUCCUUUUACUUUAGCUUUAUUUACUUUUAAAUUACUAAAUUUUACCAAUCAAGUUGUAGCUUUAUUUUUAAUAGUUAAAACCUAAAUCAAAUUUCUAUAAAUUUUUACCAAUCAUGCUUUACCUUUAUUUUUUAAGUUACAACAAAAAAAACUAAAGCAAAACUUUUUUUAAAUGUAUUUUUGGGAAAAAACUUAAAGCUUUUUUAUAGACUGUAGAAUCUGUGAAAUAAAAAAACUAUCUAUAAUAUCAAAUAAAUUAGAUAAUCAUAAUUAAAAACAACUAUAAAUAUUUAAUUCAAUUUUGAGUGUUGUAAAAAUCAUUGAAAUAUUUUAAAUAAAAUAAAUAUUAUUUAUAUAUCACAUUUUAAAUAACAAUAAACUUUGAGAAUUUACAAAAAGUAUUAAUAUAAAUUAUUUAAUUGAUAAAAACAUAAAUUAGUUUAUAUAUACAUCACAUAUUUCACAUAUUUAUUUUAAAAUAUCUACAAUCUAUAAUUUACAGCUACAACAAAUUUAACUACAUUAAAAGUCUCUGGACAAAAAAAUCUACCAUAACAACUUUACAGCUUCAACCAAUUUAACUACAACUAAAUUUUUGUAGACACAGUCCAACCAAUCACUUCCAAUGUUUAAAUUUAAAGGACGGUUUAAUUUUGCUAAAAAAAUAAAUCUAAAAUCCACAAUGUUACUAUUGUGAUGGAAGUUUUCUCACCUUUGAUUUAAAAUUUAAGAAACUAAACAUAUGUUCACAAUCAUAUUUAAUUCAAGAAUAUGAUUAUAAAAAGAAAGACGCGCUAAAGAUAUAUCGUACAUUGAAAAUUCCGGAAUAUCAGGACAGGUGUUUUAUCUACCACAUGGAGAAAGUCUACGGCUUUGUGUUCUUUGUUUGGAGUUGAAUCCCAUAAAUUCACUACAUAUAGAGCUUCUUGUAUAGAGCGUCGGUGUUUGAAAUCAUCGCUCAAGUUUGUCAAGUUAUGAAAUAGAAAUGGAGCUAGUAAGAAACUUAUGGUCUUUAUGUAUAUAUGUGUACGUAGUGUAAAACAUUUACGAAAAAAUAAAUGUCUAAAACAAUCAACGAUCUUGUUGUAUAUCUUCAGGAUUUACUCGGGGUCGGGACAAAACUAGUUGGACCCAUUCAGAGUUUCAAACACUCAGAAGAGGUAUUGUCUCUUCUUACAUGCAAAUUUGAACUUAUAAUACCUAAACGGGAACAUAACUAACAACAUUUAAAGUAAUUUUACUUGUCAAAACAAUGUUAAGUGCAUUUUGGAGUUUGGUCGGAAAAGUGAUAAGCUAAUAAAGAGUAUAUGAAGGAGAGACAUAACAUGUUUCUUUCUUUAUCUUAUUAGAUUUCCGUAUAGAAAAUUAAGUCAGACGAAGUGGUGUUUCUAGUGGCGGACGAGUGAGUAACGAGUAAAAACCUGCCUUUGGAAGGGGAGCAACACCUUGUUGCUCUCCUCUCUUUCAUCGUAAUUGUUACAAAUUCCUAAAUUUGGAUCAGUAGUAAUAUUGAAAUGGUUACAUUUGGCAAACUCUUUAUGAUAUCAAUAUAUUUGAUUUGUCGAAGAACCGACGUCGUUUCUAGGAUCACUAACCCGACGCACCGUUUUCAUCAAACCAUAAACUGCUAGGCGUUUUUGCAUUCAACGUGUCCAUUUCCUAUUUCUCAUUAAGAAACCCUAAACUCAUACUGGUCACACGAAAGAAUCCUAUCUUUUACCCUUAUCCCUCAUCCCUCAUAUAUAUACGUUACACAAAUCAUCUGCUACAGAUAAGAAAGCAUGACCGUACGUGAAGGCGGCCGAUGAGGUUUGAUCUUCAGUGCUAAUCAAAACUCCAUUCAGGUGCGUUCUUCUUCUUUUACUGUUUCUUGAAGGCGGCCUUCUUCUUCUUCAGUGCUAACAUCGACCCUCUAUCUAUCUCUUUAGGGUAUCAUUUAGACUAGGCUGGUUGAAAUUCAUAUAUGACCGUAACUUCUACGCAUCGUUAUUUCGUGUUUGAUUGGAAACUAGAUUAUUGUGUCUGUAAAUUUCAGUUUACAUUUGUCUUAAACUUGAUGAUGCAGACUAGUUGUGUGACGAAAAAAAAGAUGGUGGGUCGAAAGAGAAAAGCAAAAACAUGUGACAAAGGGUCACAAAGAAGCUGGAUAUGCCAACUACCCGAUGAUUUGAUAAGCGACAUACUUCUUCGUGUUCCUACAAAGCAUGCUGUAAGAACAGGCGUUUUGUCCAAAACAUGGAUUAAUCACUGGAAGAGUGUUCGUGGAUUGGACUUAGAGUCCUUUGAAUUCUUGGAUAUGGAUACCUUUGUGAGUUUUGUUCGAAGUUUUUUUGAUUCACACAGGGAAUCAAUGAUAGACAAAAUAAGGUUAAGUGUUCAUUAUUCUGAUUGUAAGUCCCUCCUCACCAAAUGGACUGAUAUUUCGAUUAGGCGUAGUGUUCAGCAUCUCGAUGUUUGUUAUUACGGCCCUUAUUCUUGCGAUGUUACGAUGCCCGUCAGUCUAUAUACAUGCAAGACACUGGUGCACUUACGCCUUUGUUGGGUUGUCUUGGCUAACCUGGAGGUUGUUUCCUUACCAUGCCUUAAGAUCAUGCAUUUAGAAUACAUUACAGAUCUCACUGAGGCAACUGUGGAGAAACUUAUCUCAGGCUCUCCAGUUCUGGAAGAUUUAACCAUUGUCAGAGAAACUCAUGGUGAAAGGUUUAUAGAGUUGCGCUCUAAUACCCUCAAGAGAAUCCACAUAGAUUCGUAUACAGAAGUUGUGAUUAAUGCUCCUCUACUCGAGUGUUUGAAGACUAGGGGUUACGUAUCAAAGAACUUCAAAAUCAUCAAUUUGGGUUGCUCUACCACACUAGAGAUUUAUGCGGUCUUCCCUCGUCUGACUUGCACCAAAAGAUUCAUUUGUGAUACCCUCACCGAUAUUCCGAGGUUCAGAGGCAUUGUUUUAAGUAGUUACAUUUUGAAGAACAUCUUUCUACACUCCGAACCGGGACCAUUGCUUCAGUUCCGUGACCUAUCCCGUUUGCAUGUUAAGUUCUCUAAAUCCGACCUUGAAAUGUUGCCAUCCAUUCUUGAAAGCUGCCCCAUAUUGGAGUUGAUCAAGGACCCGAGUUAUAAGAAGAACAGAGAACCGAAGUUGAUGUUUUCAACAGUGCCUCCGUGUUUGGUGUCAUCACUCAAGGUCGUCGAAUUGAUACGUUUGAUCCCAAAGUAUGAAGGAGAAGUAGAGCUAGUAAGAUACUUCCUCAAGAAUUCACCAAUCCUGGAGAAACUAAGGCUUGAUACUUACUAUACCAAAAAAGGCAUGCGUGAUUUCCUUAAAGAAGUCGUUGCAUUGCCUAGAUGUUCUAGCGCUUGUGGAGUCAUUGUUCUCUGAAAAAAAAAAGACAUUUCAUUUGAGGUAAAUUUGGAUGUUAAAAAACUGGUUGAUUUGAGGAAUAUUUCUCAUGAAUUAAUAACCGUUUUAAAACUUUAUUUUGAAUUUUAUAAACAUUUCCGCAAAUUAUUCAAGCGUUACUUGGGAUAUUUAUAUCAAUAUGUUAUUUUUCUUGUUUUUGGCUUGUUAAGUGUUUGUCAAGUUUAAGCCUCAGUUCAAAAAAAAAAAGUGUUUGUCAAGUCCCACGAAGCUGUUGCGGUAGACAUGAACAAAAUUAGUUAUGUUAUGUAGUAGAGGGAACUUAUAGUGAGGUCCUAUUUUAAAUUUGUUUUUUAACAACUAUUUUAUUUAAAUAAAAUGUAAAGUUACAAUAAAAAUAUAGAAAAUAACAGAAAUACAAUCAAUUGCAAAGAUAAGAUUAAAAAACAAUACAAGUGUACAACACAAAGAUUAAAAUCUGUUGAACUUUUCUUCUAAUCCAUCUUGUUUUUUCUUGUGCAACACCAUUUGGUUAUUUUCUUUUUGAAGAUAUUUCAAAUUCUUUUUUCAAAAAUUUCUUUGUUGUAUAACAUUGACCAGAUUCCAAAUAAUAUUUAUAAAUCUUCUUUGAGAAAAAGUCAAAUCUAUUAAUUUUCUCAAAAAAAAUAUUAUUUAAUGACAAUAUUUAAUGACAUACAACAAAGAAAUAGUGGCUGUUAUUUAAUGAUAUUUCUACGUAAAUCACUCUAUGUUUUAUAUACAAUAUUUUCUUUUUAAGAGAUACAAAUUUUGUUUAGCCGUGCAUGAAAAUAUUAGAUGAAUAGUAGACCAUUAAUUGAUACUGUAUCUGUAAUAUUUAGUUUUUAACAGAUAAUAGAUCACAUUUUAGUAGUUUCUUGAACCGUUAUAUUCUAACAUUAAGUAACAAAGAUAAUAGAAACAAAAUAUAUAACAAAUCAAUUGCCCAAAACAAAAGAUAAAUAAAAUGUGAACAUAAAAUAAAAACAAAGACAUUCAAAA